AUGCCUUCACUGCGGGUCAAUUGGGGCAGGCUGACCCUGGGCCUCGUCCUAUGUUUCGCCAUAGCUCUCGUCCGAGCUGAGAGCGCCAAGGAUGCGGUAUUAGACGACGUGACGCUGGGGCCGCCUCUGAGCCUCGAAGAGAUCGAGGACCAGCUCCAAGAGUGCCCUAUCGUGCACACCCUCACCGCCCAGAAGCUUGCCCGUCUUUCCGGCAAGACCUCCCAGGUCACCAAGCUUUUCUCUGUCCUCUUCCCCAGCAGCUCGCCCGCCAUCAACGCCCUGCUGGCCACCCUCUACAUUUCCGGACCGCCAAACUUCCUCCUCGCGCUAUGCCCACCGAAUAUCGACCCCUCUUCCCUGUCCAUCAUGGUCGCCUUCGCCGUCGGCGGCCUGAUGGGCGAUACACUCUUUCACCUGCUCCCUGAGAUAUUCUUGGGUGAGGACGACCUCGAGAGAGCCCGCUUCGUCAUGGUCGAGCCAAACCGGAACCUGCUGCUCGGCGUUGCCAUCCUGGUCGGCUUCAUGACUUUCGUAGCCAUGGAUAAGGGGCUUCGAAUUGCGACUGGGGGCGGUGGCGGCCACGACCACGGCCAUGGACACAGUCACUCGCAUUCCCAUGAACAUGGUAAUGAUGUCGCGAUGUCCACCGCCAUUGACGGCGUUGAUGCUACAGGCGUGAAAUCCCGGAAGAAGACGAACGGCACCGCGAGCGAAAAGGAAGCAACCUCCGAGAAGGAGCUCAACCAGAGCGUCAAGCUCGGCGGCAUCCUGAACAUGAUAGCCGACUUCACCCACAACAUAACCGACGGCCUGGCCAUGUCAGCCUCCUUCUACGCCUCCCCGACCGUCGGCGCAACCACCACGAUGGCCGUGUUCUUCCACGAGAUCCCCCACGAGGUCGGCGACUUUGCUCUCCUCGUGCAGUCAGGGUUCAGCAAGAAGGCCGCCAUGGGCGCGCAAUUCAUCACCGCGGUCGGCGCCCUGCUGGGGACCUGCAUCGGCAUCGCCGUCCAGGAGCUGGGAGGUGGCUCCGGCGCGGCCGAGGCCCUGCCCCUCAACGGCGGCAUCUGGGGCACCAGCCUGACAUACGGCGACCUGCUGCUCCCCUUCACCGCCGGCACGUUCCUGUACGUGGGCACCGUGGCUGUCAUCCCCGAGCUGCUGGAGACGGGCAAGAACAGGAAGGAGGAGCUGGUCAAGACGUUGAGCCAGUUUGCGGCUAUUGCCUUGGGCGCGGGCAUCAUGCUUUGGAUCUCGUGGCACGACUAG